AGCCACGCCCCUCAGUCUUGCUGACUUGGGCGCUGCAAAGCGGUGCCUCUGACCUGGCGGUGUUUCUUCCGGGGCCAGCAUGCCGGUGGAUCUGGGCGAGUGGGGGGGCUCCCUGAGCUUGCCCGAGGUGGAGGAGCAACCGCAGUAUCCCCUGCGGGUCCGCUACGGCUCCCUGGAGAUCGACGAGCUGGGCAAAGUGCUGACCCCCACCCAGGUUAAGCAUCGCCCCACCAGCAUCGAAUGGGAGGGGUGUGACCCAGAGAAACUCUACACCUUGGUUCUUACUGAUCCUGAUGCACCCAGCAGGAAAAACCCAAAGUUCAGGGAAUGGCACCAUUUCCUGGUGACCAACAUGAAGGGUAAUGACAUCAGCAGCGGGAAUGUCCUUUCGGACUACGUUGGAUCUGGGCCUCCUAAAGGAACAGGCCUUCACCGUUACGUCUGGCUGGUCUACGAGCAGCUUCAGCACCUGGACUGCGCGGAACCCAUUCUCAGCAACCGCUCCGGCGACCGGCGCGGCAAUUUCAGAGUGGGGUCGUUCCGCAAGAAGUACAAGCUGGCGGCCCCGGUGGCUGGCACCUGUUACCAGGCCGAGUGGGACGACUAUGUGCCCAAGCUGUAUGAGCAGUUGUCGGGGAAGUAGAUCUCUCAAGUUGCUCUCUUCUUUCUCCUAAAAUACCCUUUCCCUUUGUAGUGUUAAGGAAGUUGCAUAAGCUAGGGAAGAUCCUUGAGGACGCUCUUGGUGCUGAGAGGGGAACCGAUCCCGUUGACUUUAUAAAUGUAGGUGGCCGUCCUGGCUAGCUGGUCGUGAGAGUAGGGGGGAGCCAUGAAGGUAGCUAGAUUUCUCAUAACUUGGAAGUUCCCAUCUUCUUGUCGCUCCGAAUUUCCCAGUCGGGACUGAAGGGGCUGUCUGGUGAAAGUGAAACACAGUUGAGCUGGGAUUGUUGAGUCUCCUGUUUCGCUUCUGGCAAUGAUAAACACACGCACUGCUUUUCUUUCCUGUAAUGCUCAAUGCAACCACGUCCAUGGUUCCUUCAUUGGAGGGUGUUUCUUGUAAACCCACCAGCUCCUUGUUGCUCAGAACUUCCCUGUAAGGACGGAAAGGAGUAUUUGGGGAGUGAAAUUUAACUGGGGCAAGAACUCCUGGGUGUCCUAUUUGCUUAUAAUGAUAAAAAGAAAUACACACACUGGUUUGUUUCCCUGUAACACAUCAUUAAAGCAAGACCAUGGCCCCUUUGGAGAAAGCUCCUCUGAAACCCAUAGCUGGGGUUUUUAAAACUAGUUUUAAACCAAUGGGUUUAAGAGGAACUUGCUUCAAAGAAGGGUCUGUGCUCCCGUGGGUCUUCAAGCUGAUUCAUCAGUUGCUUCUGACGCCACUUUCCCUCUGUGGUUAACUAUCACGCCAUACUGAUCAUGUAUGGAUCACACAGGAAUCCCAACCUGCUGCUAAUAUGGGAAGUAUCAGUGGGAUCUGUCCACCCAUGCGAUACAAAAAUCCUUAUGUCCCUGCUACCGUGCCGCAGCAGAGGAUGUGGUUUGGUGGUGGCAACCACACCACAGAAGCAACUUAUGAAAUUGGCUAAAAGUUCCAAGAAAAUGCAUUUUAGGUUUGAAUCUUGUGACUUGUAUAUCUGCUCCUUGCUAGGGAUGUGCGCGGAACCGGUUUGGAGGCCCUUUAUGGGCCUCCGAACUGGUUCAAAUGGCAGGUGGUUCCGCUGGUUCAAAGACACUUAACCCUCCCUCCGCUUUCCCCCCGUCGGCUGGUCAGUUUUCUUAAAGUCCAUCGGGGCAGCAGUGUACCUCCCUGCCAUCCCGUUGCCCCCUUUACCGGAAGUAACCAGAACUAUCUGAUGCACCUGCACAAGUAGCACAUCCCUACUUCCACCCCACAUCACCUGGGUUUCUGACUCCCAUUAGUCUCCUUUAAGCUGUCCUUGAGACACCCUGCCUUUAUGAUAACAUCCUAUCAUAGAGGAGUGGGGCCACCACUGGAAAACACUGACCUCUGAUCUUUGGUCCUCUGUUCAGGGCCAUUUCCAUAUGGCAGUAAAGUGUGGGUUCUGCAACGCUUUUGCCAUGUCCCACGUGUGAUCUUGCUUGCCAUACGGAUGCUCCUGCAGGCCUCUGUGCGUCUUUUCUCACAGUCUUACCCUCUGGAUCCAUGCCAAGCAGGGACCUCGCACCAUUUUUGCAGCACCACCUGCUGGCCAGAUCUUGUGUCCUGAGAAGAACCCCACCCUUUUCAUUACCACUUUUGUGGGUAGGUUUUUCUGGGAAUAAAAGUUCUGGCCUGCAGGUGGCGCUGCAGAAAGUGUGUAAGGUUCUUGCUCAUUGUGUACACAGGAUGAAAUUGCACUAGAAAGUAGCAUAAAAGCCUCCGACAGCAUGUGAACGCAGAGGAAGAUUGCGCUUGGAACUGGCAUGGAAGCUUUGAAUAUCCUGCACUUUAUUGCUGUAUGGAAGUAGCCACUGUCUCAGUUACCUGGAGAAGGGAAGAUAUCUCAACAGGAUUUCAAAAGUUCUUGAAUUUUUUUCAAAAUGACUGCUUUAGGAAUCUGCUAGAAAACCCGUCGCUGUUUCUUUGCCAGGGUUAGUGUGUUUUCCUUCUCUCCCUUCUGCCUUGUUUUGCCAAAAUCCCACGUUGAGUGGGAAACAUGCCCCCCCCCCAACCAACCAACCAAUAUUGCACUUAACUGGUUACAGCAAGCUGUUCUCUCUUCUUGGGUAUAUUUGAACUUGGCCCACCAGCUGUAACUUGCAUUGCAGCCUUCUGCUGAUCAGGAGGGUGUGGCUCACUGUAUGCUGUAUUUAGUUUAGUCAUUUCAAUUAAAUGUUUGGAAUUCAA